AUGAUUCGACGAGGCGGACCUGCGGCGCCGCCUUCGAAGCGGAUCAAGCAGCAGGCGGCUGAUGGCGAGGCUUCUGCAGGCGCAGAGGCGGGGCCUCCGGGCGCACGGAAUGAGGAGGCGAGCGCGAUCGGUGGAGUCGGCAAGGAACUCGUGAUUCAAUUUUGCGACCACCAAGACAAUCUCCUCGGUUCCCAGAUGGCAGUUCCUCUGAGCAUACACCGAGUGCAACUCGAAGAUUUGGUGAACAAGUUGCUGCUGGAGGAACCUUCUGAGGAAGACGAAGACGAAAGGAAGAUUCGCAAGGAGUUCUCGUUGACGAUCGACAACAACCGGAUCGAGAUCACAGGUUCCCUCCAGGAAGCCUUCGACGCCACGACAGACCCGACAACCGAACGCGUCCUCCAGAUCCGCUUCGCGCCUCUCGCCGCCUUCAAGGUCCGACCUCUCACGAGAUGCUCGACUUCUCUGGAAGGACACACCGAAGCCGUUCUCUGCGUCGCGUUCAGCCCAGACGGCACUCAGCUCGCGUCGGGAAGUGGAGACAUGACCGUGCGGUUGUGGUGUCUGAGCACCGAAACGCCUUUGCGAACCAUGAAGGGACACACCAGCUGGGUGCUGUGCCUCGCCUGGGCCCCUGACGGCCAAUUGCUCGCUUCUGCUGGGAUGGACGGGGCUGUUCGGCUGUGGAAAGGCGAGUCUGGCGACGCAGCAGGCGCACCUUUGAAAGGCCACACAAAGCCCGUCACAGCGCUCGCGUGGCAACCGCUCCACCUCGCGCCUUCAGACGGCGGAAACGCGACUUCUGAGGAGAAACCUCGCUUCCCGUCGCUCUUGCUCGCCAGCGCCAGCAAGGAUAGCACCGUGCGUCUUUGGAACACAGCCACCCACCAAUGCCUGCGCGUGCUGUCUGGACACCGCGAAAGCAUCACGCAAGUGAAGUGGUCGGGCGAGAAGGAAGGCUAUUUGUACACUGCAUCCAGAGACACCACGCUGAAGGUCUGGGACUGCGUUUCCGGUCGACUCGUCUCCGACUUGAAGGGACAUGGCCACUGGGUGAAUUCCCUGGCGCUUAACACGGAUUACGUCAUUCGAUCGGGCCCGUUCGGAGAAAAAGGUGCUCAGAGCUUCGCCUCGUUCCAAGAAAUGCAAGAGGCUGCGAGGAAACGCUACCAGGCAUGCGUAAAAAACAGUGGCGGCGAAAAGGUUCUUUCCGGCUCAGACGAUUCGACGCUGAUUCUCUGGAAGCACGUCGGAGAGCCCCGGGGCCUCGCACAAGUCUGCCGCAUGACCGGUCACCAGAAACUCGUCAACCACGUCGCGUUCUCUCCCGACGGAAGAUACAUUGCAUCGGCCUCCUUUGAUAAAUCCAUUCGGCUCUGGGACGGCCGCCGAGGCGUCUACCUCGCGACGCUUCGCGGCCACGUGGGGCCCAUCUACCAGCUCGCGUGGAGCUCCGACAGCCGUCUCCUUCUCUCGGCGAGUGGCGACAGCACGCUGAAAGUGUGGCAAGCAGAAACUCGGAAACUCAAAGCGGACCUCCCCGGACACGCCGACGAGGUCUACGCCGUCGACUGGAGUGUAGUCGGCAGCUACGCAGCUUCUGGUUCGAAGGAUCGGGUCUUGAAAGUUUGGCGGAACUAG